ACUUCAUCGUCUCUCAUCUGGCCCGAGCGGAGUCGUAUGUCACGGCUAUCCACCGCACUCCAAGUCACCAUGAGCUCCAGGGUUAAAGUAAUCUAUUAAACAACAACGACAAAAGUAGAUGUUGACUUCCCAUGUAUACUGGUAGAUAAUGCGAGUGUGGAUAACGUACAUCGACAUGGUAUAGCAUAGGUGGAAGACUGAUACCGCGUUGGAACUUACUAGUUCCGUGUAUAUAGUUUUCACAUAGUUAAUAUACUUCAUAAUCAAGUCUGUAUAUUGGAUUGUGUGUGCGUGUGUGUACAUAAUAUCCCUUUAAAUGACUGACUGUACUGUAUUUAUAUAAUGGAUAUAAACCUGGAUGUAAUUGACUUCUUUUGCGGCAGAUGUGAAUAAUUUCUUCAAGAAUCUUAGGUAUACUCACCAAUCAUCUGACCACAAUCCAAGUAUAGCAUGGCAAGUAGUGUAGUACGGGCCGAAGACAUCGACCGUGAGUUCCUUCAGUGUCCAUUGUGCAUUGACCGUCUCCAGAAACCAAAGGUUCUUCCCUGUCAACACACCUUCUGCGUCGGAUGUCUUGAGCUCUGGGUGGCCAAGAACAAUGACCAACUAUCCUGCCCAGUCUGCCGCAACGAGUACGAGCUUCCCCAAGGCGGCGUCCACUCUCUCCCCGAUAACUUCUUUGUCAACAGCAUCAUCGACUUCAUUGGCCGGAAACGACAGGCGUCGGCCACCGCCCUGACGUGCCAUGGUUGCGAGAAUGAAGCAUCGCAUUACUGUACAGACUGCGAGGAAGAGCUGUGUUUUGACUGUGCAGGAGCCCAUCGUCGUCUACGUAUGACAAAGAACCACAAGUUGACAACGCUGGACGAACACCAGUCGAGCGGUAUGCGAGUCGAUUGUGACUUCGCCAAGCAGGAUGACAAGAUGUGUCGGAGUCAUCGGGGAUAUCUCCUAGAGCUUUUCUGCCAUUCAUGUGACAUUCCCAUUUGUCGUCUUUGUGUGCUUAAGGACCACCCGCCAACGCAACACGUCCAUGCUACGCUGCAGGAGACAGCGACAAGUCGUCGGAAGACCCUUGGCACCCUCGCAGCUACGGCCAAAGAAAAGGUGUCCGGUCUCAGAGACUCGGUCACCAUUCUCAAGGAGACACAACGUCGUCUCAAGAUGAACAGAGAUCGUAUCGACGUCCAGAUCAAACAGAGGAAACAGAAGAUGAUCGAAAUGAUUGAACUUUUCGAACAAGAAGCCGGUGCUGAACUUGGCGAAGAAUUCUCAUCCAGAGAUGCGAAACUAGAGGAAGAGAUUGAGACGAAGCAGCGAUUAUUAGACAAGACUGUCAGUGUCUGCAACGUCCUAGAGAACCUUCAUGGCGAAGGAGAUGAUCAUGCAUUGCUGUAUAUUAGUCGGGAUACUACCUGGAAGCUGGAAGAAUCCAUUAACUUUACCGCCGGUGUCGAGACCGAGGAUAACGGUUAUAUCGGAUUUAAUGUGGGCGAGGAUAGUUACGACCGUGCGGCGGCGUUCGGACAAGUACAGAGCCCAACCAUGACCUCGACGUCGCAUAUCGCAAUCGGACUUCAGCCGUCGUGUCCGCCCGUCAUCUCAGCUGGUGAAGACGUGUGUCUUACAGUGACCACACGUAAUGCUGGAGGACAGCGGGUAAGAACGGGUGGGGCUCCUGUGACGGCCAAGCUCUGUUCGCCGGCUGGUGAGGUGGGCAUUGCUAGGGUACGUGACCGCAUGGAUGGCAACUAUGAUAUUACAUUUAGACCAAACUGCGCGGGAAAACAUCGACUCCUCGUCUCUGUCUUCGGAAAACAGAUCGGAGAGAGCCCUCUUGAGUUUGAAGUCAUGCAACCAGAAAGACAGGUAAUCACUUUCGGAAAUCUCACAACGUCAGGCGUGAAUCCCUACAUGGCCGAUGCUAGGUUACGUGAGCCGUGGGGCGUUACGGUCUCGGAUCGAACUGGUCUUAUCUACGUAGCCGACACCGGUAACAGUUGUAUCCGAGUUUUCGACAUCGACGGUAACGCGAAGGGACAGAUAGGUUUCCCGAACUUUGCCCAGCGAUUUGAGCCGGUCGAUCUGACUCUAAACAACGAUGACAAUUUGGUUAUCACUGACCACAGAAAUCAACAGGUUCUAGUAUGCAGCCAGGACGGGACGUUGACUCGAGUCUUCGGUGCGGCUGAACUCCGGCGACCUUGCGGCGUCGCGGUCAACAGCCUCGGCUACGUAUACGUCACGGACCAUGAAUCGCAUUGUGUGCGCGUCUAUGACCCUGAUGGGCUGCACAUGCGUGAUAUGGGAGCAUAUGGAAACACACUGGGGUAUUUCAGAGGUCCCAUCUCUGCGGCAGUUAAUAGCAAGGACGAAUUGAUUGUGUCCGAUCGUGACAACCACCGACUUCAGGUCUUCGAUACGGAUGGCGAGUACCUUCUCGAAGUGACACCAUCAGGCGAGGGAGAAGACGAAUUCAAAUAUCCGACGGGCGUCGCGACCGACCUCAACGACAACAUCUACGUCUGCAACGACUGGAACGGCCGUGUGCUCAAGUUCUCGCCAGACGGGACCUUCAUAAAACGCGUGGACGGCGACGAGGACGGUCUCCGUUACCCGAACGGCAUUGCGGUCACGGAUGAUGGCAAAGUAGUGGUCGUUGAUUACGGCAAUGAUUGCGUCAAGGUCUUUGCAUAAAAGAAAGUGAUAAAAUUGCCUCUAGGACAUAUGUACAUGCACGAAGCCCUGUCUAUUUAUUCCAAAGAAUCGCAAUGUAUCGCACGCAAUUUAGUAAGCUUUUUCGUCCUUGUGCACCAAUUUCGCUUGCAAUACCAACGCAAUUUUCAUUACGUCUAUAGAUGUCUACAUUACCUGCAAGACUGUCCAAAUGCUCACCUCUCGAAGCACAGAUCUUUGAGAAUUGAGGGACGCGUUGCUUCUCUAUUUAGGGACUAAUGACGACAUCAUAUAGGUCAAUGUUUAUAACUUUAGUGUUUACUUGAAAGAAAUAGGAACAGAGUUCUUUCCUCAGUCGAACUCCUGCAUACGUUGCUUACGAAUGUCACUGAAGCGGAAUCAGGACAGAUUUAUUCUACCCCACAGUUAAUCACAUGGAAUUUUGAAAAUCAAUUAAUUUCACGCAGAUUCAUUCUAUACAGAUAAUCACUGAUAUUCAAUAUCGUAUUAUCGUAUGUGAUUGUGUGAUUAGGUGAUCUUCUACCAAAGGCAAAUCUUGUCAAUUUUCUUCAAAGGCAGCUGAUGAAAUUGAUGAUUAGUCUGAGUUUUUUGACAGCUCGGAAUCAUAGGCCAACAUUACAAAGGUCUCAUUGAUGAAAUAUUAAACUUUUAUUCAUGUCGUAUUUAAUAUUCUUCAUUAGGAAGAAACUCACCCAGUAAGAAAAGAAAAAUCAAAUUCGUGCAGACACUGUUAAGAUAUCUGUGACUGGAAAUCAUCAUUUACUAAAUCUCCUUGGAGAUUAAAGCAUAGUAGGCUAACAUUGAUAUGGCUUUUAUAAUUCUGAGCUGCAAGGUUCAACUUUUUACAAAAGUCUGUGAUAUCUUACAAAAAUGAAUCCCAGAAAAAAAAAUUGCGUUCGAAAAUAAUCAUUCAGUGCUUCAAAAAAGUGAAAUAUAGUGACCGAAAGUACCAUACAAAUUUAAUCGCAUACACUAUAUGUACUUUUCUUAGUUCUAAAACAUGUGCUCAUACACAUGUUUCUUCUUGGUUGGAGAAUUUUUUUUUUAAUCGGCAUUCCACAAACCUUUUAAGAUCAGUGGCGUAUAGAUGGGGGGGGGGCCUUCGGCGCUUGCCCCCCCCCCCCCAAAAAAAAAAAAAUAAGAAGGACCAAGAAAAAGAAAAGGAAAAGAGAGAAUGGUGACAUAUGAUAUAUCUCAUCCUGAAUAUUAUGUCAAAUUCUAUCACAAAAUUUGAUUUUUGUAAUAAAAAUACCUAAAUUUUUUAUCGCUCACGACUUUUUUUUUUAAAUAACUGCCCGAUACAUCAUAUCUGGGCCCCCUCAAAAUGUUGAUUUUUGGGGCGCGAUUUUUCUGGGUUUAAUUUAUAUCACAUACUACAACCACAGGUGAACCUAUAGGUCAAUUCUUUAAAAUUCAAAUCAAUGUCAACCUUUUUUUUCAUUGAAUAUGAUUAUUGCCUUGAUUUCGAUUAAUUACAAGAUGGCGAAUAAUAAUAAUUGAGGACCGUUAAAUACAUAAAAGUAUGAUGGGUAGAAUACGAAGUCGGUAUUUAUUGAGAAAGAUUUGUAUAUUUGAUUAAAUCGUCAUGUAUUAUUUACUCCAUUUAGACAUAUCUUGUUUUGAUGGAGACAAGAAUUAAUUUGAGAGCUAUUCAAUAUAUUGUUCACACCCCACUUCUGCAUUAGACAAAAUAGAAUUGCUAUUGAACUUAAAGAAAACAAAAGACUUGGCGCUUUCUUGUAUUUGUAAGAUUUUUUCUUUUCGUAUUCAUAAUUAACAAUGGAUUGGUUUCGCUUGUAUUCGUAUUUUCGUCGAGAAAGUAAUAAAAUAAUGAAAUAUGUAUUAUCAA